AAGAGAUCGAGAGGGGAAAGCUUUUUCGAGUUUCAAUUCCUCUCCCUUUCUUCUUCCCCCCUCUAAGGAGCCUCCAUUUUCCCGGGAAAUUCAUCUUCUCCCUCAAUUUCCCGGGAAUACAUUGAUCUUCAGCACCCCCCUCCCUCUCAGCAAUGAGGACGAGCCCAGGUGUAGGAUCUCCGUCGAGGAGAAGCGCGUCCAUGUCGGCUGCGAGCUCGCCGUCCUACGCCAGGAGGAGAUCUUCGGCGGCGGACAAUUGCGGAGGUGCGACGCCGCUGGACUCCGCCUCCCGCAAGUCUCUUUCCUCCUCUCGCUCCAUGGGACUGACUGGGGAAAGGACAGUGAAGAGAUUGCGUCUGUCAAAAGCUCUUACAGUACCUGAAACAACAACAAUAUAUGAGGCUUGCCGUCGUAUGGCUGCUCGCAGAGUUGAUGCUUUAUUGCUGACCGACUCAAAUGCAUUGCUAUGUGGGAUCAUGACAGAUAAGGAUAUUGCAAUAAGAGUAAUUGCUCGGGAAGUUAAUAUUCAAGAAACACCUGUUUCUAAGGUUAUGACAAGAAACCCGGUGUUUGUACUCUCUGACACCCUUGCUGUUGAAGCCUUGCAGAAAAUGGUGCAAGGAAAAUUUAGACAUCUUCCAGUUGUGGAAAAUGGUGAGGUCAUUGCUUUGCUUGAUAUAGCAAAAUGUCUGUAUGAUGCUAUUGCCCGGUUGGAAAGGGCGGUUGAGAAGGGAAAAGCUAUAGCAGCUGCUGUCGAGGGUGUUGAGAAGCACUGGGGUGCGUCCAUUUAUGGCUCUAAUACAUUUAUUGAAACAAUCAGAGAGCGGAUGUUCAGACCCUCCUUGUCGACAAUAAUUUCUGAUAACUCAAAGGUUGUCACAGUUCAACCAAGCGACAAUGUUCUAGUUGCAGCCAAGAAGAUGCUUGAAUCUCGAACAAGCUCUGCAAUAGUAACAGUCGAGAGCAAACCAUGUGGAAUUCUUACUUCAAAGGACAUCUUGAUGCGAGUCAUAGCACAAGAUCUCUCUCCUGAGUCAACUUUAGUGGAUAAGGUCAUGACCCCUAAUCCAGAAUGUGCAAGUGUUGAUACACCUAUUUUGGAUGCUUUACAUAGGAUGCAUGAUGGACAGUUUUUACACAUGCCCAUUGCUGAUAAAGAUGGAGCAAUUGUUGAUGUUGUAGAUGUAAUCCAUAUCACUCGUGCUGCUAUUUCCACGGUAGGAAAUACUGCUGGAGUUAAUGAAGAAGCUGCAAAUACUAUGAUGCAAAAGUUUUGGGAUUCUGCUAUGGCAUUACCUCCUAACGAUGAUGAAGAGACACACAGUGAAGGCUCCUUAAAGAUGACUUCAGAAGGGCAGGAGACGGGAAUAUCACUUCCAUUUCCUUCGUCAGCACUGCCAAAUACUUUUUCUUUUAAGAUCCAAGACAGAAAGGGAAGGAUGCAUAGGUUCACCAGCGAUACUCGAAACAUGACCGACCUCAUCACUGCAAUCCUUCAGAGAUUGGGGAGUGACAUUCACUGGAACAGCCUUCCUCAGAUUCUGUAUGAGGAUGAAGACCAUGACAAAGUUGUACUUGCAUCGGACAGUGAUCUGAUUACAGCUGUUGAGCAUGCAAGGUCGGCUGGUUGGAAGGGACUAAGGUUGCAUCUAGAUUACUCAAGAGUGCCACACCGUAGGGCGGGGGGUUCUAGAUCGAGCGGUAUGGAAAUGGAAUAUGCUCAUCAGACAGAUGCAUGGGCAGCAGCCUACAGUGCCGUGGCCACUGGUGCCGCAUUAGUUGCUGCCUUAGGCAUAUUAGCCUUCUUGAGAAGAAACAACUCAUAAGCUCAUCAGUUUGAAGAACCAACUGUUGUUGUGGUGGCGGUGGCGGUGGUAUGUGAUUUGCGUGUAUUAUUCCUUAUAUAUUGGUGUAUAUGGGCUCCAAGAUGGCGACAAGUCUCAAUUCUUUUCUCCCGGGGGCACAAUUCAAGGAGUUUUUCGAUCAGGAUGCCAAUUGUAUGUAUUGUCAGGCAACAGAUUGAAUGCUGUAAAUUCUACAUACCGCCAUUUUUUUGUCGCAAUAGUGCUACUUUAACCUCAAGGGUAACACCACAAUCUUGCACAUAUGGCCAUAGUCUGUGGUGGUGUCAACUUUGGUGUGACUGUAGCAGAAUCCAUUUUUUUGUACUCUGAUCAUAUGAACUUUAGCUAUGCCUACAUUCCUAUGAUGACGUUGUCCAUAUACUCGCUCUGUAUUAACGAUUGUUGUUCCCAUGAAAAUUUGGAACAUAAAUAAAUUUUGAGAAUGUCU